UCGGUUUACUUCGUCUCUGUUUCCUCUCUCUCUCUCUCUCUCUCUCUCUCUCUCUCUGCAGAAAUUUUUAUUUUUCCCUGCAGAGGAAGAAAGACCAGACAAAGAGAAGAACAAAGAAAGUAACAGAAAAAGAAAAACACCAAACUAAACCCUAAUUGAGUUUGUAUGGAGUAUCAGCCAGCUCUUUCUGUUACUGCUGCUUUCUCUAAGAAGCUUUCCAGUGGUGGAAGCUUGAGUGGAAAGCAUGUAUACGACGGCGUUUUUGGUGGUGCGAUGAAGUCCGGGACGACUCGAAUGGAGGAUUAUAAAGAGAUAUUUGGUGCUUCUAGUAAUUGUUCGAUUCCGAUUCUUGAUUUUCCUGAAAUGAAUAUUUCAGGUGAUGUACGAAGCUCGAAACCAGAUUAUUCUACCAUUUUUGGUGGUUUUGGAGAAGCUGAUUUUGCUGUGUCUUAUGAGGAAUUAGUUUCUAAGCCUAAGAAAGUUAACAACUUGUCUAAAGAAGCUAGGACUCCAGCUGAGGCAAGUUUCUGUCCUACAACUGCAAGGACACAACAUUCUAAUAUUUCAAAAGGUAGACAAGCCCCGUCACCUGAAGUAUGUCCUCAGUUGUUUGAUGGUGUAAAGCAGUUCAACGUAUCAAAUAAUAAAAGCAACCAAGGGAGCAAAAAUAGGUCGAAUGGAAUGGCACAUAUUGCUCAGCAUCAUUCAAUUCCUGGUGAUACUUGUUUGAUCAAUGAAACCACUCCAUCGCUGAUGACUGAAAAUGUCAAGCCAGCGCGAACUGUAUUGAAUGAUACUCAUUUGAACAAGAAUGUCACUGAGCGUAUGAAGCCUCCCAAACUUCUCCGCAAAGUCGUGUCUGGACCACAACCUGGAGGUGCUGCUGUAAAUACUUCUACAAGCCAUGCUGAAUCUAAAAGAAAAUCUAAUAGGAAUAAAUCCUUUUCAAAUGAUAUAUCAUUUGAUGCAUUUGAAAUUGGCCUUGGCACAGUACCGUCAACAGUAUCACCUCUAAGUUCUGUGCCUAAGUUAGUUCAUAAUAAGGGUGGUUCUAUGAGGUCAAUGAAUUCGAAGUUUGGGGUUUCCAAAAGUGAUGCGUCAGUAGAUGCUGCUUUUAGUUGUUCACCACCUCCCUCCGAUGAGGAAAUAGAUGCUAAUUCUGCUGCUGCCUCCUCAGUAGCUGCUCUGAGGAGGGCUAUAGAGGAGGCUGAAGCAAAGAUGAAAAUAGCCAAAGAAUUGAUGGAAAAGAAGAGGCAAGGCCUUCAUAAUCGUGCGAAAUCAAGCCUUAAUGAUAGCUUGAAAGCUGAGAAAAGGGAGAUUAAAGCUGCUGAAACAGCAAACAGAUCCAAAGAGGAGACUCUGGAAAUGGAUCAUAAAAUUUAUACUGUUCCAAAACAAGUUUUCACUGGCUUAUCAGAGAACAAUGCAACAAAAGCAAGCCAAACAACUCCAGACCUCAGAAAUGCAAUGAAACCAUCUAUUGUGAAAAAUGCCACUGAAGAAACACAAAGCACGGAGUCCAAAUGGGCUCAAGUGAACCAUAGGCUUGGAGCAGAAAGUGGGAAGGCAACAAAUGGGUUUUCUGAACCUGCUGGUACCAGUGAACAUGGGGCUACUGAAAUGGAGGUCAAGCAGGCACCCAAUGUUGAGAAAAUGAUACCAUGCACUAAUGAAAAUGAAUUCAAAGAGAAGAUGUUGGGAGAUGAGAACAUGAAAAAUAGAAUGGAGUGUGGUAAGAAACUAAAACCAUUUGAGGAGGCCCCUAUACAGGAGAAGGUUGAGAGGGUACUAAACUCAGUGGCAGCAGCAUUCAAAUGGGAUAUAUUCAGAAACAUUAUCAAAUCAGAUGAAGUUAUUCAUCAUCAGGAAAAUGAAGAUAAAACCACAGUUGCUUAUGAGCAUGAAGAAGCUGGUCAAACACUUGAGAUGCCCCAUGAACAGGAACAGUAUGAAGUUAUAGCGAAAAGGCUGAAUGAACCAGAAGAAGAGGCAAAGUCUGAAACGCAAGAGAUGGAGGAGGACAAAGAUAUGAAUGAACUAAAAGAGGCUGAAGAUUGGUUGCAAGUUGAGAAGGAAGAAACUGAGUCACGUGAUCAAGAGGAACCAGAGAGUCGGUCAAAUGAAGUUCCAUUGAGAAAGGACAAUGAGAGAAGACUGCAUGAGAUUGAUACACACAAAGGAAAUGGGAAGAGACAAGUAGAAAAUUUGGACAGUGUGAAAUUUGAAGAGAAACAAGAGCGUUGGGAUCCCAAAGAAAAUGAGAAGAACUCUGAACCAGAGCACACUGAGAUAUUAGAUCAAUUUCACAAACAGGAAGUAAUUGAGGCAAGUUUUAACCACUUUGAGGAAGAUUCUGGAACAAAAGAGAAUGAGAGUCUGGUUGAUGCAAAAUAUAAUGACAAGAUGCUCAAUCAAAUAAACGAAAAUGAGGUUGAACAAACUUAUGAAGGGGUAGAAGCUGAGAGGACACAAAUAGAGAUUCAUCUGAGGGCAGACAAUAACAGCAAUAUGGAACUGACUGAAGAAACUUUCAAAUAUCAGGAUAAUCUUGAAGCAAUUGAUGAUGUGCAUAAGCUGGAUAAAAAUGAGAAUGCAGGAAAAGUAAAUGAAGCCUAUGGAUCUGAGAAUUUUGAAGAUGUGCAAGUAACUUCAAUGGUUGAAUUUGAAGAGAAUGAUAGGAUGAUGGAGGUGAUUGGAGAUUACUUUCUUAAAGAAACUGGAAAUGGGUCAAAAGCAUCUGAAAAAGCAUAUGAGCUGGUGGAAGAAGGUAAUCUUGAAACUGGUAUCCCAAAGCAAGAUGUCGAUGAGCUUGAUGGGAUUAAGAAGCAAGCUGCCGAUGUAUAUUUAGGCGAAACUGACUGGAACUUUGAUCACAAGCUAAACAAAUAUCACAUGGCAGAAUACAUGAAAGUCUGUGAACAGGAAAAGCAUGUUGAAGAAGUAACUUUUGAAUGGGUUGAACAGGAAAAGCAUGUUGAAGAAGUAACUUCUGAAUUGGAUGAACAGGAAAAGCAUGUUGAAGAAGUAACUUUUGAAUGGGUUGAACAGGAAAAGCAUGUUGAAGAAGUAACUUCUGAAUUGGAUGAACAGGAAAAGCAUGUUGAAGAAGUAAAUUCUGAAUUGGAUAAAAACGAGAAGGAUGUCAGCACAUCUGAAAUUGGCCUCAAUGAUGAAGAAAAUGAUUGCAGCUUUUCAUAUUCUCUUGAGGAAAAAUGGUUAGGUGCUGGGAUAGAGUCCAAGACAUCGUGUGACCCAGAAAAGCAAGUCGAAGAAACAAUUGCUGAAUUGGGAGAAAAUAAAAAGGAGAUAAAGAAGCCUGAAGUAGCCAUUAAUCACGAUGAGAUUUAUUUUGAAUUUUCUUCUGAGGAAAAAGAGGUGAGUAAUAGAAUUGGUGGGCAAGCUACUCAGCAACCGUUUGUUUUUGAGAGGGAAAUAGAGAACAUCAGGGUAUCUCCCGAGGAGAGAAAAAACCAAAGCAUUUAUGAAAAGGAGGAAGGCCAUCAUGAAACUCUGACAGUAGAAAAGAAAGACAGCGAAGAUACUGCAGAAAAGGAGACAGAGUUGGAAAAGAAAAAUCAUGAAAGAAAGGAAGAAAACAAAGUGAGAGAAAUGGAAAAAGAAAAGGAAAGAAUAGCUGUUGAAAGAGCAAUCCGAGAAGCUCGUGAAAGGGCUUUUGCUGAAGCUCGAGAGAGGGCGGAAAGGGCUGCUGCAGAGAAAGCAGCUGCAGAAGCUCAUCAAAGAGUGAUUGCAGAAGCUCGAGAAGGUUUAGAGAAGGCUUGUGCAGAAGCUAAUGGUAAGUCAGCAGCGGAGAAAGCAUCUCUGGAAGCCAAACUAAAGGCUGAGCGUGCUGCAGUAGAGAGAGCAACUGCAGAGGCCAGGGAGCGUGCCUUGGAGAGAGCAUUGUCAGAGAAAGCUGCUUUUAAUGCGAGAAAUCCAGCUGAGAAGUUUUCUGGUGUUCCAAGAGAUGCUGGGUUAAAAUCCAGUGAACAACAGUAUAAAGGUUCAGCUCCUACAAGCAGCUCAAAAUAUCCUAGCUCUUCAAAUCAUGAUGAGAGAUCUAAUGGUGAAUCAGUUGAAAGGUGCAAGGCUACAAUUGAAAGGAACCAAAGGACAGCAGAACGCGCGGCAAAAGCUCUUGCAGAGAAAAAUAUGCGUGAUCUUCUUGCUCAGAAAGAACAAGCUGAGAGAAAUAGACUCGCAGAAAUUUUGGAUGCUGAUGUCAAACGGUGGUCCAGUGGAAAGGAGAGGAAUUUGCGUGCCCUGCUCUCAACACUACACUAUAUCCUUAGCCCCGACAGUGGCUGGCAGCCAAUUCCUUUAACAGAUCUUAUAUCUACAGCUGCUGUGAAGAAAGCUUACCGUAAAGCCACUCUUUUUGUUCAUCCUGACAAGCUACAACAAAGGGGUGCAAGCAUACAGCAGAAAUACACGUGUGAAAAAGUUUUUGAUCUUCUGAAGGAUGCCUGGAACAAAUUCAGUGCUGAAGAACGGUAGACAACUACGGGCUUUACAAUCUUGUCCCUGGGGCAGCAUUCGCCCUGAGCGAACUACAUGUAUUUGCAGCAAGAUAACAUCUCAUUUAUAAUUAAACCCUAUGAGGAAUAUAGAAAAAUCAGUAAAGGCAUUCUUUUUCUCCAUGUAACUUCUCAGAGACAGCUGGCAUGGGGUAAUUACAUGCUUCUAUUGAAUUCAAGAAGACAAACAGAAAGUCCAAUACA